AUGUCGCCAAAGAAUAACACUCAACAGCAACAGUCCACCAAGCAAGCCAAUGUUGGCAAUAAGCAAAAAGUUUCAAACAAUCAACUUCCUCAUCGCUAUGAGCAACGUAGAACUACUGACGAACAAAUCUGCGCUAUCGAGCAUGAAAUAGAGUUGAGACGUCGUAUCAGUCGUAUUGUCAACUUCAACGAGCUCUACUGUGAGACACCACCUUGCGGUCGGCUAGAAGACAUUCCCAGUGAAGUAACCUCGAUACGAUCGUUUGACACAGAGAGCAAGAAGUCGUUCUAUGCUGACGAACGUGAGAAGGAUGAUGAGCAAUCCACUGAGCUUCGUCUGAUGAUAGCGUUAAUACUUCUGGGCUGCUUGUACUUGGCCGUGGUUGAUUCGGCGUCUCCGAACUGCGACUUGGGAGCAUCAGAUUUGAUUUUUGUGGUGCAAAGCAGUUAUGAUAUGAGUAAGAAAGAUUUCGAAGAUGUCAAAGGCUUUAUGAAACAGUACGUUGAUGAUCUUGACAUUGGACCCGGCUCGAAGAGCACACGCGUUGGUGUGGUUGUGUUCGAUCGGAUUCGUGAACCGUACUAUCGCAUAAAGCUUGCUCAAGCCACAAAGUUGUCGCAUCUACAAAAAGCGAUCUCCACUCUUCGUAAAAUUCCGUGUGGUUAUUGGUGGUGUCAAAUGCAAGUGGAUCGCACAGCUCUUGAGGCAACUCAAUUUGCACUGAAUAUUUUCAACGAAAACGCUUCCAGUGACAGAAUGACGAAGUUGCUUGUUAUUCUGUACGGAAAGGAAGCUUUUAAAGAUGCUGAAGACAUAGCUUCAUCCGGCACUAAUAAUCCAUCGUUACGAAUCGCCCAAAUACACGUGAUUCCAGGUUGGUUCAACGAUGUUGUUGAUACUUGA